AUGGCCCCUCAUCAUCUAGAGACCACUGUCGAUGGCCUGAAUAUAAAAAUAGCUAUAGACCGAGGUGGUACUUUUACAGAUUGUUUAGGUAUUGCUGAAGGCCGGGAUGAUGACAUUGUGGUCAAACUUCUAUCCCAGGACCCUUCUAAUUAUGCCGAUGCGCCAAUUGAAGGUAUUCGCCGCAUUUUGGAACAGGCUACAGGGAAGUCGUUUCCUAGGAGCGAGAAAUUGAACACUAGCGAUUUCUCCAGUAUUAGUAUCCGAAUGGGCACGACUGUCGCCACAAAUGCACUUUUGGAGAGGAAAGGGGACCGAGUAGCCCUUUUGAUUACGAAGGGAUUCAAAGAUGCUUUACAAAUUGGCAAUCAGUCUCGGCCUCAUCUAUUUGAUCUCAAUAUUCGGAGACCAGAUGUUCUAUAUGAGGAUGUGGUCGAAGUCGACGAACGAGUAACCAUCGAGGACUACCAACAGAACCCAACUCCGGACCGAGCUGCCCUAGCUGCUUCAUUAGAGUCGGAUCCACAGCUAACGCGUGGUGUCAGCGGUGAGGUUGUACGAGUUUUAGAGAAACUGGACGAGAAUAAGGUCCGAGAAGAUUUGAAGAGCUUAUACGACAAAGGCUAUCGUUCAAUUGCAGUCGUUUUGGUACACUCCUACACAUUCCAAGACCACGAGCUGGCCAUUGAACGAAUUGCUAAAGAGGUUGGAUUUCCAAGUAUAUCUCUUUCUAGUCAACUACUCCCUAUGAUCAAAAUGACGUCUCGUGGAGCGUCUGCAACAGCUGAUGCGUAUUUGACGCCCGUCAUUCGGCGAUAUAUUGACGGAUUCCGCUCUGGUUUCAAAGAUGGAUUGCGGUCGGAAGAUACUCGAUGUGAGUUUAUGCAAAGUGAUGGCGGACUGGUAAAUUUUGAAAAAUUCUCCGGUCUACGAGCCAUUCUAUCUGGGCCUGCUGGUGGUGUUGUGGGCCACGCACGUACUUCUUUUGAUCCAGCUGACCCAAAACCAGUUAUUGGUUUUGAUAUGGGAGGAACUAGUACCGAUGUAUCUCGAUACGACGGAAAGUUUGAGCAUACUUUCGAAAACACCACUGCUGGCGUAACCAUAAUGGCCCCGCAGCUCGAUAUCAACACCGUGGCUGCUGGAGGAGGUAGUAUUCUAUUUUGGAGACAUGGCCUAUUCGUCGUUGGCCCUGACUCAGCUGGAGCUCACCCAGGGCCUGCAUGCUAUAGAAAAGGCGGUCCAUUGACAGUAACAGACGCCAACCUAUUCCUUGGAAGAUUGCUUCCAGAAUACUUCCCGAAGAUUUUCGGCCCAAACGAGAAUGAACCGCUCGAUGUGGAAGUCACCCGACAGAAGUUCACGGAACUUGCCCGCCAAAUCCAAGAGGAGACUGGCCAAGCAAAGUCACCGGAAGAGAUUGCCCUCGGCUUUAUAGAGGUUGCGAACGAAUCUAUGGCCAAACCGAUUAGGGCAUUAACAGAGGCUCGAGGAUAUGAAACCUCGGCACACAAUCUUGCAUGCUUUGGAGGUGCCGGUGGACAACAUGCCUGUGCUAUUGCGACUUCAUUGUCGAUUCAGACCGUCAUCAUUCAUCGCUACUCGUCGAUCCUCUCUGCGUACGGUAUGGCGCUGGCUGAUGUCGUCCAUGAGGCACAGGAGCCGGCGUCAGGGUUCCUCGAAGAACAAUCAUUGGAGGCCCUUCGGGAACGCAUUCAGGUUCUCAAGGCCAACGUUCAAAGCGAGCUUGAAGCCGAAGGCAUACCUACCGAGCAAAUUCAUCAUGAGGUUUACCUGAACCUACGCUACCAGGGCACCGAUAAUUUGCUGAUGAUCCUGGAUCCUGAAGACGGGGACUUUGCCGAGGCUUUCAUUCGAGAGCACAAGCGAGAGUUCUCAUUCACAUUCCCCGGACGUCCCAUCGUAGUUGAGGAUGUGAGAGUCAGAGGUGUUGGGAAAUCACUGUCCGUUCCACCGGAGGCGCCUCAAGCUGAAUUGAAGGCUGCCAAAGCCGUGUCGAUCGGAACUGACAAACAGGACGACAGCACAGGUGUUUACUUUUCCGGAAUUGGACAUGUCACAACUCCAGUAUUCUUCUUGGGAAACCUGCAAUCAGGAAGUCAUAUCAAUGGUCCUGCAAUGAUCAUUGAUAAGACGCAAACCAUUGUGAUAGAACCGCAUGCCUCUGCCACAAUUCUAUCAAGACAUGUCAUCCUAGACGUUUCGCCGCAAAAGAAGCGUGCCCCUGGUGAAGAAUCAACUUUGGUCGUUGAUCCUAUUCGACUUUCGGUCUUUGGAUACCGAUUCAUGUCGGUGGCUGACCAAAUGAGCCGUAUGUUUCAAAAAACUUCAGUUUCCACAAAUAUCAAAGAACGACUUGACUUUUCAUGUGCUGUUUUCUCUCCUGACGGAAAGUUGGUGGCAAAUGCCCCUAAUGUUCCAGUACAUCUUGGCAGUAUGGAAUAUGCGGUUCGGUAUCAACAUGAGCAGUACGCUGGAAAGCUACGGCCUGGAGACCAUAUUUGCACAAACCAUCCUUUGGCGGGAGGAACGCACUUGCCUGACAUCACAAUCAUUACGCCUGUAUGGGACUCGGAAGGCAAGCAGAUUAUUUUCUAUGUCGCGUCAAGAGGACACCAUGCCGAGAUUGGAGGCAUCCAACCAGGCUCUAUGCCCUCCAACAGUCGACUCCUCUACGAGGAAGGUGCCAUGACAAUGGGUUUCAAAAUUGUUUCUGAGGAUCGGUUCAAUGAGGAUAUCGUGCGCAAGUUCUUGUAUGAUGAGCCAGCUUCCUACCCUGGUUGCAGUGGUACGCGUACCUGGAACGAUAAUGUAUCGGAUUUGAAGGCUGCCAUUGCUGCAAACCAGAAAGGAGCUACUCUACUUCGCGGCCUGGUGGAAGAGAACUCCCUACAAGUCGUGCACUUCUACAUGGACGGUAUCAAGGGCAACGCCGAGAUUGCGGUGCGCGAAUACCUGAAGAAAGUUGGCAAACAGACCGGGGGCAAGCCUUUGAGAUUCUUUGAUUUCAUGGAUGAUGGAACAGAAAUCCGUUUAGAGAUUAGGAUUGAUUCCGAGACCGGGUCGGCGGACUUUGAUUUCACUGGCACUGGACGAGAAACGUUCAACUGCUUGAAUGCACCAAAGGCAAUUGCGCAUUCAGCCAUCAUAUACUCGCUUAGAUGUCUAAUUAAUGUCGACAUACCCCUUAACCAAGGUUGUCUUGCGCCUUGCAACGUCAUUAUUCCAAGCGGAACACUUCUCAAUCCGUCUGGAAUGGCAGCCGUGUGUGCCGGCAACCCAAUUACUUCUCAACGUAUCACGGAUGUGGUGUUGGGUGCCUUCAACGCUUGUGCUGCCUCUCAAGGAUGUUGCAAUAUUAUAUCAUUUGGAAUGGGUGGUCAGGACAAAGAUGGAAACGUCGUGCCGGGUUUCGGAGUUGGAGAGACGAUCUGCGGUGGUUCAGGAGCCGGUCCAAACUGGCACGGCACAUCGGCGGUGCAUUGCCAUAUGACAAACACACGCAUUACAGAUGCAGAAGUCUAUGAACUGCGUUAUCCUGUCAUCCUUCGGCAAUUUUCUAUCCGCAGGGGCUCUGGUGGACGGGGCCAGUACAACGGUGGAGACGGAUCAGUCCGUGAGCUAGAAUUUAGAAUCCCUUUAUCAGUAUCAAUGCUCAGCGAGCGGCGAGUUUAUCGGCCUUACGGUAUGGCAGGCGGCGAAGCUGGACAGGCUGGAUUGAAUUUGUACGUGAGAGAAGAACGCGACGGUUCUAAGCGUGUCAUCAACAUAGGAGGAAAGAUGGAGCUGAACGUCCGGCCGGGUGAACGGGUCAUUAUCAAUUCACCUGGAGGUGGCGCCUGGGGCUCCCCCAGCGAUGCUGUGGAACCAACCGCUGGCAACUCGGCGAGGCAAACUACUGCCUUUGAGCCUCGCGGAAGUGUAUAUGCAUUUACAGCGAUGGCUGAGGCAGCGCAAUAG